CCUAGUGAAAGGCAAAGGCGGAGUCUUAGGCUCCACCCCAUCUCCCGGUGUGAGUCGCGAGGCGUCCGCCUGGUUGUCCCCGCUCGCCGGUGGGACUGAAGACCCUUCGGGCGGCGGCGGCGCUGCAGGGAGGACCGAGACCCCAAGGAGUGUGCCUGCGACCCCCGCCCGGAGAAGAGCGAGGCACGCGCUCUGCGGGCAGCACCAGCUUCUGACCGCCGGCCCCGGGCGGGAGCUCUGGAGCUCCGAAGGACGGGCGAUCGGCCCCCGGAGGAGGACAGGGCAUCCGUCCCGGCAUGGCCGCGCCCGCCCGCCGUCUGUGUCACAUCGCUUUCCAUGUGCCGGAGGGCCAGCCCCUGGCCCGGGACCUGCACCGCCUCUUCGGCUUCCAGCCCGUGGCGGUGCGGGAGGCCGGCGGCUGGCGGCAGCUGGCCCUGCGCAGCGGAGACGCCGUCUUCCUCGUGAACGAAGGCGCGGGCCCCAGGGAGCCACUGUACGGCCUCGACCCGCAUCACUCGGUGUCCAGCGCCGCGAACCUGUGCUUCGACGUGGACGACGCGGGAGCGGCGCUGGCUGCUCGGAGCUGCCGCGUGCCCGUGCCGCCCGUCCGCGUGAGGGACGCGCAGGGCGCAGCCAGCUACGCAGUGGUCAGCUCCCCUGCGGGCAACCUCAGCCUGACGCUGCUGGAGCGGGCUGGCUACCGCGGACCCUUCCUGCCGGGCUUCAGACCCGUGCCCUCGGAGCCUGGCCCGGGUUGGGUCAGCCACGUGGACCACUUGACCUUGGCCUGCACCCCCGGCAGCUCCCCUGCGCUCACGCGCUGGUUCCACGACUGCCUAGGCUUCCAGCACUUGCCACUGAGCCCGGGUGAGGAUCCCGAGCUGGGCUUGCGAGUGGUGGCAGGCUCCGGGCGCGGGGGGCUGCGGCUCACCGCCCUGCAGGCCGGGCCGGACAACGCGGUCCCCACCCUCGUGCUUGCGGAAUCCCUGCCCGGGACCACCAGCAGACAAGACCAGGUGGAGCAGUUCCUGGCCCGGCACCAGGGGCCAGGCCUGCAGCACGUGGGGCUGUACACUCCCAAUAUCAUAGCCGCGGCCCAGGGGAUGGUGGUGGCCGGAGGACGGCUCCUGACUCCUCCGGAGGCUUACUACCAGCAGCCAGGCAAAGAGAAGCAGAUCUUAGCUGCAGGGCACAAGCCUAGCCUUCUGGCCCGACAGGGAAUUCUGCUAGAUGGCGACAAAGAGAAGUUUUUGCUACAGGUCUUCACCAAGUCCCUCUUUGCAGAGGACACCUUCUUCUUGGAGCUGAUUCAGAGACAGGGGGCCACAGGCUUUGGCCAGGACAACAUCCGGGCACUAUGGCAAUCAGUGCAAGAGGAAGCUGCCAGGACCCAGGAAACCUGAGACCGGCCAGAGCUGGGUGCAGCCACCUAUCCAGGUGCUCUGGAGAGUAUAGCCCAGGGCCCUUUGGAACUAAGACACACCCAGCCAAGCAAAAAAGGUUUGGCCUGGGGGUGCCAGGUGUGGUCUUUAUCCCAGCAGUAACUCCCAGCAGUUCUCUUACUGACCUCCAAAGAAGGGGUAUUUUUUUCAACUAUAGACUAUUUCUUACAUCCACACAUGUCGACA